CGGUAAGAUUGACUGCUCUGGACCCUAGGGCAGGAUGAGACGGCACUGACGGCUGGUCGAGAUGUGGGAUCUUCCCCAGACCACGCUCCUCUGGAGUGGGGAGCGAGGGCUACGUAAAGAUGAUUCGGGGCCCCAGGAUUUGGUCUUGUUGAUCAUUUCCUUGUCUCUCUUACCAUACCCUUUUCCUCUUUCGCAUCGUUCAUUCUUCACUCUCAGCGGUGCCUAGCACUGCAUCCUCGAGCAUCGACAUGGCGUCCCAUGACCUAGAGAAAUCGACGACACCAGACGACUACGUCAAGCAGGUCCACACGCUGCCCGAGUCGGUCGCCGUCGCAGAUCUCUCGCCAGAACAUCGCGAUUAUCUCCUUCAGCGACAUGGCACGCUCGAUCUCGACCCGAUGCCGGACAUGAGCGACGCCGACCCGUACAACUGGUCAACGUCCAAGAAAUGCAUCAAUCUCGCCCUGGUAGCCUUUCACGCCAUGAUGUCCACCUUCACCGCGUCAUCCAUCCAAUCUGCCUUUGUCAACAUUUCCCUAGACCUUGGUAUCAGCUUGCAAAAAACUAGCUACCUCGUGUCUCUCUUCAUCGCCGUCCUGGGUGGGGCACCUCUGUUCUGGAGGCCGUUGGCGAAUCGAUACGGCCGCCGGCCCAUCUUCAUCAUCUCAUUGAUCUGCAGCCUGGUCGGCAACAUCGGCUGCGCCAACAGCUACAGCUACGCAACCAUGGGCUUGUGCCGAGCGAUUGUGGCAUUCUUCAUCAGUCCGGCAGCCGCCAUUGGCUCCGCCGUGGUCGCCGAGUCUUUCUUCAAAAAGGACCGUGCAAGAGCAUUGGGCGUCUGGACAUUGCUGGUGACCAUUGGUGUGCCAAUCGCCCCGUUCAUCUUUGGAUUCGUCGCUCUCCGAGUCAACUACCGCUGGAUCUAUUAUAUCCUCGCCAUCACCAACGGCGUCCAGUUGAUCUUUUAUUUCUUCUUCGGCCACGAAACUCGCUACCUGCACAGUGGAGUGCAUAACGUUGCAUCCGGUUUCCGACAAAAGUACCUGUCUUUCCGCCGACUAGACCCGAAGCCACUCACCUGGUUGGAAUUCGUUUCGCCACUCAGCUUUGCUGCCCGGCCUUGUGUCAUGAUCCCCGCUGCAGCCUAUGCGAUGGUGUUUGGCUUUGGCAGCGUGUUGAUCACCAUUGAGAUCCCUCAGCUAUAUCCGGUCUUGUUCCACUUCAACACGCAAGAGAUUGGGCUACAAUACAUUUCGUUGAUUAUCGGGUCCAUCAUCGGUGAACAAAUUGGCGGCAUUUCAUCCGAUCGCUGGAUGACAUGGCGUACGAAGAAGAUUGGCCGCCGACCAGAACCCGAGUUCCGUCUGUGGCUGAGCUAUUCCGGAUUCUUGUUGACAAUCUGCGGACUCGUGGUGUUCCUCGUGCAGACGGGAAACAUCAAGACCUACAACGUGACGCCGAUGAUCGGUGCCGCCAUUGGAGCAGCCGGAAAUCAGAUUGUGACCACUGUACUCAUCACGUACGCCGUGGACUGCUACCGCGAAGAGGCUUCAAGCGUGGGAGUAUUCAUCACGUUUGUGAGGCAAAUUUGGGGGUUCAUCGGUCCUUUCUGGUUUCCACAGGCAAUCGCUGCCCUGGGCUUUGGAGGCAUGGCCGGGCUGUUGACUGGGCUGAUUGUUGCCGUGUCCACUCUGCCAACCAUGUUGCUGCAACUUCGUGGCCAUAAGAUGCGUGGAGAGAGGUGAUGUUGAAGGUUUGCCGGGGGUCAAUCUUUGUAAAGACGUGAAGGAGUUCACCUGAUAGCCGACAAUUGAGACGUUGUAACCCAGCCCAUGAUUUGCCCGCAUAUCGUGGGACCUUGCAGUAGCAGCAAGCCAGUUGUUGCGGGCCCCACCGGAGGACUCGCCGACUGGGUUUUUCGUCCAUUGAAAUAUUACG